AUGCCAACAGUAAUGGAAGCGAUCAUAAACGCACUGAUCAACUUUCGCAGGGAAAUGUUGGACAAUCUGCAAAUUUCCCUCGAGUUUCAUACGGAGCAGUUGGAAGAGAUUAAGUACCACUUGGAACACGUGAUUGAAGAACAAGAAAAACGAAUCACCAAUCGAGUUCAGGAAGAAUUUGGAACACAGUUUAACAAAAUUGCUAACACGUUGGAUCAGCUAAACAUGCGGUUGGUUCCAACAUCAUGUGAUGAAAUGGUACCUUCCUCCAGCGGCUCUUUUUAUAUUCGUCCUUAUGGAGGCUCCGAAAGGCCUUUCAUGGUGUUUUGUGACUUCGAAAACCACUUCAACCUCAGCAGAGGCUGGACUGUGUUCCAGCGUCGGGUGGACGGCUCCAUGGAUUUUUACCAGAAUUGGACAAUGUACAAACAUGGAUUCGGUGACGUCAAUGGAGAGCACUGGCUCGGCUUGGAAACACUGCACCUCAUGACGAAAUCAGGAAGACACGAGUUGCUGGUGUUGUUGGAAGAUUUCGAAGGAAACUCAUCCUAUGCAUUCUAUGAUGAAUUCGAAAUUGCCAGCGAGGAGGAAAAAUACAUGAUUACUGUUGGAAAGUACUCGGGAAACACUUACGACUCAUUGACGUACCACAAUGGAAUGAAGUUCUCUACAUUGGAUCAAGACAAUGAUUUAUCCGUUAGUAACAGUGGCUGUGCGAAUAGUUUCCAGGGUGCUUGGUGGUUCAAAAGUUGCUAUUACAGCCAUUUGAACGGACCAUAUUAUCGAAAAGGAAACCACCUUGACAAAAGUGGUGUGGAAUGGUACAAUUUUCCACGUGCCAACUACUCACUGAAAUCAACGACAAUGAUGUUCCGCAGCCGUACUUGA